CCUCUCGUCCAUCAGGAUCGGGAUGGGCGUAGCGGUGGACUCCAGAGAGGCAGGGGCGGCCACCACGCAGCCGGCCACGCAGGAGACGAGGAGAAGCAGUACCUGAGGGAGGCGAUGAAGGAGGCAGGAUGAAGAUGGUUUACCUGCAAGAGAAAACCACCCAACCCUUGUAAUCACAAUUGAAAGAUUGUAAUUAACACAGUGCUGUGGGCUGGUCGGCUGCCAAAGAUUGAAUGUAGUAUUAAGUUCAUUACGAAUUAUUUUAAGUUUAGAUUUUACCCGAACUAAAAAAUAAAAAGCCUAAAAAAAAGUGACAGCGUACAUGAUGAAGUAAGCAGUGUCACACAUGCCAAGAAGCAAAGCCCAGGCAGUGGCGUAGGCGAGCCAGGCCAGGUGCAGGACAGACAUACGGAGGCAACACCUUGAGCAUGGCGGAGUUCAAGACAGACGAGCGGAAGCUGCAGGAGGUGAGCUCCAUCCUGAAGGCUGUCCUCACUUCCUUCGGUGGAGAACUGCCCAUGAACCAGAUUGACAGCGAGUACAGGACAGUGGUGGGCAGCAGCAUCCCAUACAAGGAGCUGAAGCACGGCACACUCGCCAGCUUCCUGCAGUCCAUUCCAAGUAUUUUGAAGCUCCAAAACCGAGGUGGACAGCUGGUGGUGACGGUGGUGAAUGACGACAACAUCAACUUGAUCCUGCAGCAAGUAAAGCAGCAGAACAACAAGUGUAACAAGUCAGUCCAGAAGAAGAAGAGGUACACUGAGUAUGGCACACGGCAGCUGCACGCCAGUCCCAACCCUCGGAUACCUUCCCUGCUCAACAUGCGCUGGCAGAACAACACCAACUGGCAGCAGCAACACACCUCCUCCUGGCAGUCCCAAACCAUCCCUACUCGGCCAAGAUUCCAGAGUCGAGCCAACUCACAGACCCAUAGCAGCUUCCAACAGCCAGCUCCAAGUCUCCAUAGCAAUACCCAACAACCUCCUCCAGGCUUCCAGAGCAGCUCCCAACAGCAACCUCCAAUCUUAAAGGCCAACGUCAAGCAGCUACGUCCAGCCAGCCAGGGUAAUCGUUCUAUCACCUUCCACCUCCCAACCACUCAAGCCACCGCCACUGCCACCACCAAGGACCUCAAGUCAGGCGCCUCUUUGCGGGAUGAAAGCCAGAAGACCAAAGCUCCGGCAGCCGAGAAGACUCCUGGUAAAAAGACGGCGAAGCAGCAGCUGAUAGAGAGCAUCAGGAAGCUGGAGGCCGACCAGGGGAGGACAGAGGACGAAAGGAUUGUGCUUGAGUUCAAGACCCACCCGUGUGGCAAGAGGAUGGAGUGGUUUACUGUCAUCACUAUUGGAGAUACAAAAGUGAGCAGCUACCCUGAUUUGGAAAGCACCCAAGAGGAAGCUGAGGAGAGGGCAUCCAAGAAAGCCCUGGGGGCAUUCCCACUACUGGCUAAGCAGAAGCAGGUUGCACAGCUUCCCACCACCGGUGACAACACCACCUCCGUGUCCAGAGUCAAGCAGCUUCUGAAGGAGAGGUCUCCCAACAAGCCAUUCUGGUGGGAGCCGCUGCGGGACAUGUACUGUGAGGUGUACAAGGAGAAGCUGCCAAAGGACUGGCUCACCAAACUCAAGGACUCCACACACACUGGCCUGGUGUUUGACAAUCCCUGCACAGACAAGUGGACUGUUGCACUGGCAGAGGAGAGCUCGGCAUCCCUGUCCCAGGCUCCUCAGAACAUCAUCAAGGCCUCAGACACCGCCACAUCUCAGGGUCUGCCUCGUGCUUCAUCCCCAAGCUCAGAGAAUGACAAAGCUGUGGACAGGAACAACACUCCACCACCACAGAAGGUACAGCUGCCGCCGAUCAGCCUGCCCACCACACCCACCUGGAACGUCUUUGUCACCUGUGUGGACGACGGCAACACUAUCAAGCUGGUCUUAAUCGGGGAACAGUAUAGUGGCAUGUUGAGUGAGCUGCAGACUGAGAUGGAGCUGCACUACAUGGAAGACAAGAACCUCAAGCCGGUGAAGGAGCCAGUGGUGGGGGAGAUCUAUGUGGCCAGCCACGAGGAGUCCUGGCACCGAGUGGAGCUGCUGGAGGUCAUGGAUGACCAAGUUAAAGUGAAAUUUGUGGAUCAUGGUGAUAAAGAAGACAUUCCUCUGUCUGACCUGCACCACCUUGAGGCAAAGUUCUUCUCCCUCCCGCCACAGGCCCUGAAGUGCUGCCUGGCUGGGCUGGAGGAUGCCCCUGAAGAGCCUGCCUUCCAGGCCCUCAUGGAGAGCCUUCCCAUGGGCAAGACAUUGGUGGCCCGCGUGACUCGCCGCCAGGAGCCGUACGCCAUCGUUGUGUUUGACACGUCCACCAAUGAGGACAUCAACCUCAAUGACAAAGUAUUUGAGUCCCUCGCCCAACACCUGGUGGAGCCGUCACUGCCUCCCGUUGGAGGGCUGGCAGAGGUGUACCUGACACACGCUUCAUCCAAAGGAACUGUGUAUGUUCAAGUUGAAUCAAAGACGUAUAAGAUAUUGGAGGACCUCCUCAAGAUUGCCAAGAGACGUACUGAGGAGAUGCUUGGUGAGAAGGUGCAGGUUGACCUCACCAAGCUGUACCUGGCACGCUUCAGCAAGGAUGGCGAGUGGUAUCGAGCAGCGCCAAGGAGUGCAGUGGACCCCAAUGGACAGGUCCUGAUGAAGUUUGUGGAUUUUGGCAACUCUGAAAAAGUACCACUCAGCAACAUAAGGGGCUUGCAGACAAUGAGUCCCCUCCUAGCAAAGGUCCCUCACCAGGCAUUGCCAUGCUGCCUGGACAACGUCCCCAGCAACCCAGAGCUGAAGUGGACAGCCCAGGCGUGUCAGAGACUCCUGGACUUGGCUCCCCCAGACACUCCACUGCUGCUUAAGGUGGUGAGCGAGGGCACCACCACCCGGUCCCCCUCAGUGCAGCUGUUCAAGAGGUUGCUGCCACAAAAUGAGUUGGUGUCCAUCAACGACACGCUGAGCAUGGACACCAAGCUCUUUGGUAGUGAAGGUGACUCCAACAACAACAGUGUGGAGAAAGAGGUGGUUCUGUCUCAGGUCAGAUCACAACAGUCUUCCUGUACCUCAGGUGCAAGUUCCCAGAGUUGUACCCCGUGCUCCCCAACAGUUGGACCAGACUCAUUUCCCCCAUGUAUUCCCUUGUCCCUCAAUGAUAUUCCUGAUGUCGGCGACUACUUUGAUGUCUUCGUCACCUACGCUGCCAGUCCAUACCACUUUGCAGUGCAGCCGUGGAAGAUGUCCAAGAAGUUUGACAAGUUGAAUGAAAGCAUGCAGAAUUAUUACUACAACAGUGCUAAUUUAAAGAAAGUGUCUGGUAUUAAGGCCGGCCAGUACUGUGCAGUCAAGCACACUGACGACAUCUGGUACAGAGCCCAAGUAGAAAUGGUGACAAGUAUGUCAGUGACUGGCAUAUUUGUUGACUUUGGGGACCGUUUCGUCACAACACUGGAUCAGGCACAGCCUCUCAUACCAGACUUCUGCACCUUGCCAUGCCUUGCUAUCAAGGCAGAGUUGUUUGGCAUCGAGGCAGCUAACAAAGACUGGAGCCCUGAAGAUACCUGCAGAUUCAGAGAGUUGGUGGACCACAAGAACUUGGUGUCUAUGGUGAAACGUAAGAAUGUGAUCAACACCAACAUUUUAUAUCUCUCGUUGUUGCUAAUUGACACUUCUGACAAGACUGUGGACACGAACAUUAAGGACAUCCUCGUGGCAGAACAGAGAGCUAUUGAUAUUAACAAAUCUUCCAUGCCUUUUUAAGAUUUAGACUAUUGUUGGGAUGGUGCUAGCUAGGCCCUGAGCUUGAUGUGAUAGUCCUGCUAAGCUCAGAAGGAAACAGGAGAAAUAAAGAAUGGAGAACCUAUGGAAAUAUUUUUGUAUUCUUAGGAGGAAGAGAUUUUCCUUGUGUCGGUCUUCUACUUAUAUGAAAUGAGAAUUGUCCGAGUGAAGGAUUGUAGUUGAUUUAUGUUACUUUAAAGUUGAAUUACAUUUUAUUUAGAAGUAAAGUGAAUGAGUGUUAUUCUUUUAACAUAGGAAUGGAGUCAUUGAGUUAGUGGCAGGUUGUAGUAAAGGUUCUGAAUCUCAAGGUAGCUGUCAUUUACCAGUAGAUGCUAAGAAAUGUGCGAGAUGUUUUACUUCCUUGAUAAAAACGACACAUUCACUUUACUCAGCUAACGAUGCAGUGGAGGGAAACGAGCAUGCUGUUAAUGUUGUUGUGUUACUGGUGGUGGAAUUGAGGUGGUGACUACAUGCUGGUUCCCUGAAACAGUCCUGCAUUCCAGCAAGUCAUCAGUUAAUGCUUCUCAGUGAUUUUUGUUAAACAAGUUUGGAUUGCCUUGUCCUUUGCUCAAUCUAUGAUUUAAUUUAUUUAAACACUCACUGCACUUGACAAAAAUUGACAUUGAAUUACAUACCAGCAGGGUCCCUCAAUUCCACCUCUGCAUUAUUUCUACAUUUUAUAUAUCCCAUUCCAGCCAUUGUUCAAGUUAUAUUCCCAGAGCAGUCCCCAUCUCAGUGAUAUGAAGCUGUAUGACGUUACUUGUUCCUUGAGCACGAGGCCCGGCAGACUGACUCCCACGCCUGCUGCAGCCAGGCGUGGCCCAGUGAGUGGCUGUUUGGCGGCUGUGCUGUAGUGCCAAUGCCAGUGUGGGACCCAUACUGCCUCUGCAUUUGCUUGAGCUUCAUGUGCUGGAAAGCCAUAACAAACAUGUUAAUAUUUGAAUUAAUGGAAAAAAAAUGCAAUAACCACAAUAUAAAAAAAUCCACAAAAAAUAGCAAAAUGAAGUUAUAAUGUUAAUCUCAAAAUAUUUCCACAAGAUAUAGAAUGCUUAAACUUACAUGGUAUGUAUUGUAUACUAGUCAGUAUUGACCAAAUGUUCCCAGUAUAACACUUAUACAAGCAAAGUAGUAGUAGUCAGUUUCCUUAGUUCUAACAAUGUGUAGCAGAUCAUUUGUCAUGAUUAUUUGCAGCAGUAUUACAAAACAUUGUCUCAGGAUAACUUAACUCGUUUUGAUUUAUGAAAACUUUGACUUGUGAAAGAGUAAACUUCAUAAAGGUUACGAUAUGUUGUGCAUUGUUCUGAUCUGUGGAGCAUGUCUUCCCUUGACACAAGGCCGGCCCUUCUUCCUUGUGGUUGCUAUGAAUGGAAGGCAUCUUCCAUUGUAUUUGGUAGCAAUGGUGGUGUUUUUGUGGAAUUUUAUUUUUGUCAUAGUUUAUAUUUAUUUGAAAGAAGAAAGUCUUAUGUAUCUUAUUGAUAUCUGGAAGAUAUUUCAGGUAUACCUACUGGAAAAUAAAAAAAGAUUAAUCAAU